AUGCUUAAAGUCCAGGAAAUGAAGCUUAAUUGCUACGGAUGUGGUGCUGCUGGAUACUACCGGUCAAACUGUCCUUACUGCAAUAAAGAGAAAUCGCAAACCACUGGUGAAAAACUAGAUUUCAACUCUUUACAUGCAAGUUUGGCAGGAAAAGAUGUUCCUGUAACUGAAAUUAAUAUAAAUGGACUUAAUGGGGAGGCAUAUAUUGACACAGCAGCCAGGACAAGUGUUGCUGGUCAAGUUCUAUUUGAAAAGCUUAAACAAAAAGGACUACCGUUUAAAAAGGUUUGUGCAGAAAUUAUUCUUGCCGAUGGUAUAGCUCGAACCAAAACGGUGUAUUCUACGACUGCGAAUAUAAUAAUCGGAAAAAGAUUUAAGCAGAUCAAUCUCAUAUGUUUGCCCAACGCUAAAGGAAAUAGAACACUUCUUGGCAUUGAUUUCUUAGCAGAAUGUGCCAUAGUUAUUGACCUCGCUCAGAGAGCAUGGCAUUUCAAAGAUGAGCCUAAGAAAACAUUCCUUUUUAAAAUGCAGAAAGCUGUCUCGCUUAAUAAUAUUAGCGUCGAUGAAAAGGAGGAAACAUAUAGAAAGGAUGUUAAAGAUUUCUUCCGAUGUUUCGAAUGGUCUAAUGCGAAGUCCAAUGAAUAUUCGCCAGGAUUCACAAACAAAGUUUUUGGAGAUUCUCUUCCACAAGAUUUGGAAACAGAGCAAACUUCAGAACUGUUUCCACCUCUAAAGAAAACCAAAUUUGAUGAAUAUUGUGACGACAUUUUCAAACCAAUAGAACUGAGCUCCAUUGAGAUUAAACUCCGAGACAAUGAGGCCACGGAACUAAAUUCCGCUGAAAAAGAAAGUUUGGAAUCUUUGUUGGUAGCGGAAAGAGAUAUAUUUAAUGACAUCGAAACCCCUAUAACGCAAGUCGAGCAUUAUAUAAACAUCAGUUCGCAUAGUCCCAUCUCCACUGCUCCCUAUAGGAUUUCCCGAAAAAUUAAAAUGUUAUUAAAGCAUGAAUUGGAGCAAAUGUUACUCAAAAGUAUUAUAACGGAAAUAGAAUCAUCCUGGGCGUUUCCUGUCGUUUUAAUUCCCAAAAAAGAUAACAAAAUUAGAUUGUGCGUGGAUUACAGGCGCCUAAAUGCGAUAACCACAACUGACACUUAUCCGCUUCCAAUGAUGGAUGAUUUCCUUCACACGGCAAAAACUACUCCCUUCAUGUCUACUCUGAACUUGAGAUCAGGCUACUGGCAAAUAAAAGUGGCUGAAUAA